AUGCGGUUGUCGAUCGGUGACCAGCUGGAGUUAUAUGGGAAGAUCAUCGACGGCUGCUUGAGUGACCACAAGGGUAUCGUCACCAAGGCUCCAGUCGAUGCCACGGACUACGUCGUGAUCCAUCUCGAGCACGGCUACACACCGGGAGAGUCGGAGAAGCAGUGGCGCUGCUUCGUGCUCUUCGACGACUCCACUUACAAGAGGACGACGGCAGCGCUUGAGCAAUUCCGGGAUUCUGAUUCCCUGAAUCCGGAAAUCCAAGCGCUCUUUCUAGGAAACACCACGACCACGCAAGUCACUGAGCUGCCCCAUAACUUCUUCACAACUGCAUCGACAUCGCUGAACGACAGCCAGCUCCAGGCGAUUCAGCUCGCGGCCACCCACCGUCUAUCGCUGAUCCAGGGGCCGCCCGGGACCGGAAAAACUACAACUUCGGCACAGUUGGUCCAGAAGCUGCGCCUUCUUUUCGGGCAAAUGGUGAUGGUCUGUGCCCCAUCGAACACGGCUGUCGACACCUUGGCUGCUCGGAUCGCAGCAACCGGCCUCACAGUGAUCCGCUUUGUAUCGAAGAGGCGAGACCCCGACACCGAUCCGUUCCGGCACCUGCGGUACGAGGAGAAGAUCAAGAAUCACCGAAAUCUCCGGCCUGGAACCCGCUCAAUGAACAGAGUUUUGCCGAAUGGAGCGUCAAGUUCACUCAGAGAUCUUCGCAGCGACAGACGUCGUCUGUGCGACAUGCGUCGGCGCCGUCUCGCCGGUUGUCAAGGACCUACACUGCAGAUCCGGCUUAUCGACGAGGCCACUCAAGGCACGGAGCCAGAGCUCCUGAUACCGAUGAUGCGAGGCAUCGAAAGGCUCAUCCUCGUCGGCGAUCAUCGGCAGCUGGGCCCUGUCGUCUUAUGC